UGCGGAGACAAUAGGACACCACAGCAAGGCUGCCGUGGAUGCUCACGGUCCCAACUGCUCGGUGGACGUCGCCAUCCACUCGGACUUGCCCUUUUCCCCGCCUGACUUGGUUCUAGUAUGCGCCUUCACGCCCGUCCCGUUUGCUUUGCAGCCGCUUGGACGCACAUCCAGGGCGGACUCCGCAGCCCUGUUAUGAGCAUCUCUUCAAUGUAACGUCAACUUUGUAGCUGCUGCCGCUCUUGUCUUGUCCCGCCGCCCCGGCAUCCGUUCCUCGCUCCGUCAGCAUCGCCCUCAGCCACAGUCAUGAGUUCUUCUCCGUUGACAUCACGAGCCAAUAUGGACAUCCUGGAUGAGCUGCAGCUGAUCGCAGCCCAGAACCUCGAAAAGUUGGAAGUCAAUAAGUACUACGAAAUCAUCCGAGAGUUGGGCAAGGGCACCUAUGGCAAGGUGGACCUGGUCAUCCACAAGAUCAGAGGAACCAAAAUGGCCCUGAAGUUCUUGAAGAAGAAGACGACCAAGCUGAAGUCGUUCCUGCGGGAGUACAGCAUCUCGCUCUACUUGUCUCCUUGCCCUUUCAUCAUCAACAUGUUUGGCAUCGCCUUUGAGACGGACGAGUACUACGUGUUUGCGCAGGAGUAUGCGCUGGCAGGGGACCUCUUUGACAUCAUUCCUCCGCAGGUACCACAUGAAAUGAGAAGCCACGGAUGCUUGUCCUUUGACCUCACUGAUUCUGCCCUUUUCCCACUCCUCGAGGUUGGUCUCCCCGAAGCAGCGGCAAAGCGCUGCGUGCACCAGGUAGCCAUCGCUUUGGACUACAUGCACUGUAAGAAGCUGGUCCACAGGGACAUCAAACCUGAAAACAUUCUCAUCUUUGACCGGGAGUGCCGCAAAGUCAAGCUGUCGGACUUUGGCAUGACCCGUCGCGCCGGAUCGCCGGUGAAACGAGUCAGCGGCACCAUCCCCUACACGGCCCCGGAGUUGUGCGACGUCUCCCGCCACGAGGGCUUCUGCGUGGACUACAGCACUGACGUGUGGGCUUUCGGCGUGCUUCUCUUCUGCAUGCUGACGGGAAACUUCCCAUGGGAGAAGGCCCUGCCCUCGGACUCCUUCUACCAAGAGUUCAUCCGCUGGCAGAGGAGGAGGAGCACCACGGUGCCUUCCCAGUGGAGACGCUUCACCGAGCAGGCCCUACGCAUGUUUCGCCGCUUGCUCUCGGUGGAGCAGGAGCGACGCUGCUCUGUCAAAGAGGUCUUUGGAUACUUCAGCCACUCGUGGAUGCUGGACGGCGAGAACAACAACAACAACGGUGGCGGCGGGGAAAGGCUCGGCGGCGGCAACGGCGCUAACCAUAACAUGUCUUCGUCUUCAUCCGGGGAGGAAGACGAGGAACUCCUUGUGGAGCGGAUGAAGCAGCAGACUCUGUCCCAAUCGUCGCCCCCCGUGCCCGGCGCGGCCAAGGGCGCAGCCACAAUGGAACUGGGCGGGGGCCACCAUUUUGUUUCCGUGUCCACCAACAGCUCGGUGUCAUCCACCAAUAGCUACGAGCGUAUGCCGCGGGAGAACGGCUCGCCGGGAGGCCGAAUGCUGGUGGCCACGCCCAUCGAGAUUUGCGUCUGAGCUCAACAUUUUCCACGUUAAGGUCGUCUCACCAGUGUGCUCUUCUUCUACCAACCGCUCAUCAACCGGUCGAUGCGCACGCGCCGAGAACGAGACGCCCUUGUUGUCGUGCCGGUGGUGGAGGUACACGCAUGGCGACAACAGAAGACCAAAAGGUCGUUCCUAAAGCAAUAGCUCCAAAAAAAAAAGCCAAAAAAAAGGGUUAGGAUUGAACAUGACUUCUGGUGGACUCCAGAAGCAAGACAAACAAAGGGAUGACGUUUCAUCAACUGGCUGUUUUUUGUAACACAUUCAGGAGGUGAUUUUUCAGUCAGAAAGUUCGGUGCUCGAACUCAACUGGCUGUUGUUUGAUUUCACGUAUCGACUUCACGCUAUUUUCUACUCACUCUUGCGUUCCCCAAAAUAGACAUGUUGAUUUUCAACUCGGCCCCCACAAAACACAUUUCAAGUUAAUAAUGCAUGAUGAGCAGCUCAGCAACUUUACAAAGAGAUAAAAAAAAAAAAAAAAAACACCCAUAUUUGUCGUGGAAUCUUUUGACGUAGCACAAUUCUCGCAUUACAUCCUGUUGUAAGAUCUCUUGAUGUUUUAGGGCUAAAAUGAAAAACAAAAAACAAAAUGACUUUCUAUUCAGUGUGUUUUAGUGUGUUUGUAUUUAGGUCUCGUAUUCACAUCGCCACUUUCAGGCACUGGAAGAAGAAAAAAAAAAAAACUAAAGCAUGACUAGCAAGCACUCAAAAAGGAUUCUUCUUAGGAGCUUCUAAAUGGUCACGUGGUUGACAUCAAACAGUGGCAUGGAAGUUGCUUUUAAACUGCCCUGCAAAAAAAGGUCCAACCGUUUGAAAGAAGACAACAACAAAAAAUGGAUCCGACAUUUCCCCGUCAAUCUGCAUGCUAACAAGGUUGUGUAUUUGACCGCCCGCUUGGAUUUUGGUCAUCAUCCCAGCUGCUCCCCAAUCAACCAGCGAGUAUGCAAAAAAAGUCCAUUUUGUGACAAUCUCUGACCUCAUGGGACUGGGAACAAAAGAACAAAAGACUCUGUUCGCCCAUCAUGCAGCUGCUCCCUUGUUUACUGCAGCAGCGACAUUAAGAAAAGCAUGACCUCGUCAUUUUCAACCAGCACCGUUCGCUAACUGUAGCAAGCAGUCGGACAGUGACGUCAAAUCAAUAUUGACAAUGUUAUCCUGGUCAUCACCAAAACCGGAGCAAGAGCAAGGUCAUGACCAAGGUCAUGCCAUACGUGGAAGGGGUUACCUUUUCCUUCCAUCUCAUACUGAUUUCAUUGGCUGCAAACAUUUUGGAUUGGAUCAACGUUAAACAUCUCGUCCAAAAAGAUUGUUUGAAUAAUUGCAGAGAUUGUUCACAUUCAUUUAGGGAGGAAAUGAAUAAGGAUGCUUUUCUGAUACUUUUUUUUUCUUUCUUUAUAAUUAAUACCUACGCAGAUCAAAAAGCUUAAGAACUAUCAAAUAUUAGUUACACAGGUUGAAGCGAGCAGAAGUAUUAGAUUUGGUGGCAUUAAGGUUUUUCCGGAGAGUAUGAAUAAAUAAACAUCUCUGAGCAAUUCAGGUCAAUUGGCUCACCGGUUGGGAAGAACAGGUGGAAACAAUCCUGACGGGACUAAAAAAUGGAAUCCAUUAGUAUUGGCAGAAAGAUAAACAAUCAUCAUUUUAGUGCUUAUGUGUGGCAUGAUUACAUGCAAUCCCCCCCCCCAUUUAGGAUUAGUGGUGGGAGGAGAAAUGAUUAACAGCAAAGUGGAAGUAAAAGAUCCAAAGCGUUUGCUGCCUCCUAUUUUCUUCAUCUUUUCAUUCUUAUCACGUGUAGUAGUUGAGCUUCGAUGUUUGUGUCCAGUGGGAUAUUUGCCAGCCUUCUCGUUUUGGUGACUUUUUGUGAGUAGAUUGCCACAACCCCUCCAACUUGUUUCUGUCCCUCCCUGCAAUACAACUGUCUUCCUGUUGAAUCCGAUUUUAGUCAAUAAAAUGGAGACUUCUUGUUGAACUCA